GACGUUCGAGGAAACUCUAGGUAAUUCACGAUCUGACGGAGCAGCGAUAUAGUACGCUACCAGCUAGUCGAGUGGAAGAAUUGAAGAUUCGACGUAUAGAGGAAGAGAAGGAAUUGGAGAAGCUAAGCCAGCGAGUUACAGCUCGAGACGACGAGCUUAUUGGAAGAAUAAGUGGUUCAUUAGACUGGCGAAUGGCUCGAAAAGAGAUCAAUCAUACCAAGGAGCUUGAUACUGAAUUGGUUGCAGAGCUUCCUUCAUAUCGUUCUAUAGCAACCGUCGAAACAGGCGCUUUCUCAUUACAGGGAUCCGCUACUAUACAUACAGCCUCAUGCGGAAGCAGUAGCUUUGAGGUCGCGAAAGAAUGUAUACAAAUAACACCUGCUAGGACGUCGCAAACUGGAAGUGCAUUUGCGCGAAACAAAGUUUCUCUUGAACGACACGAAGGCAUUGUUAUUGAUUUUGCUUUCAAAAUCGCUAACGAAAACGAUGGAAAAGCUGAUGGCGCUGAUGGCCUUGCUUUUGUAAUACAAAGCUAUGCAGAAAAUGCAUUAGGUUCAGGUGGAUGUGACUUGGGUUAUGGAGGGUUGCGCAAAAGUAUUGCUGUUGAAUUUGACACCUAUGAUAGCUCAGAUAGAUGCGCUGACCCAUCUGGAAACCAUAUCAGUGUCCAUGGUCGCCUUCCACCUCACAGCAACAGUGCUCAUCAUAUGUACUCACAUGGUCAUACUUCCAAUAUCCCCCCUAUGAACUCUGGCAACUGGUUGUAUGCCAGAAUUCAUCUGCUGACCAAAAAACAAGCCAUCCUUGUCUCAUUCUCAGACGAAGGAAAUGAACAGACCGGUAUAGGCAACAAGUAUGAACCAGUGCUAAGUAUAAAAAAUAUAGACAUCCAAAAAUACCUUGGAGGUGAUAUAGAAGCGUGGAUUGGAUUCACUGCAAGUACAGGUGGGCUCUCUCAGUCACAUCAAGUCAAAUUGGGCUCAGUAAAUUACUUGUCUCGCGACUAGUCCACAUAACAGUAGCAAAGUACCCCCUUCGUUUAACCCUUUUUCUUUCAAUUGCUAACACCCUGAUUUCCCCUUGUAAAAUGUUAUAUUUAAUCAAGAAAGAGAGAAUCUCGUUUUUUAAUUACAUUUCAUUGUUCGCUUGAUCUAUUCCCUUCAAUAAAGCGAUGUACAUUUGGAUACUACUGGCAUGGGCAUGGAUGGUUGCUGGGCAAGGACAACGCCUGGCCACAGACGAAG